CCUUGGGGAUGUAGACGAUUGAUUGGAUCUUUGAAUCGCCGGUAUUUACUAUAUCAUGACUGAAUAUUAAUGAGUGGGUCCUGGACAGUUGUUUGUCAAACGUAUCAGACCUUGUUGCCGUCAAGUUAAUCUUAAUUUAUGAUUUAUCACUUUUUUUGUCUUUGAUUGAGUGUUAACCAAACUUCUCAAAGUACUAAACUAUUCAGGAACAAGUUUUACAGACUUGUUUGUGUCGUGUUUUCACACCUUGGAUGAUUGGAUGUAAACACAAUAAUACAGAUAUGCUGUAUGAGGGGAUAAUCCCAUUGAUUGGUAUGGGGAAUCUAGGUUAUCAGCAGACAAUAAUCCUUUGACUACAUAGAACACCAGUAUGUUAGAGGUCUGUAACUAUACUCAGGGGAUGAACACCUUGUCAAAUCCAGUCAACAACAACACCAUGAAGCACCCCAGUGCUAACUUGGAGGUGUUCGAGUUUAACAUUGGUAAGGCUCAGAGCCUGCGUUGUGCCAGCAAUGCCACGGCCAUCAGCUGCGGAGAGUGCGAGACAUGUCUUCUGAGUGACCGCAUGAAGAAUGCCAAGGAGUUCUUCCCUAAAUUGGGAAGUCACUCCAAGAAACGGUUUAUGCUUGGACUGAUGCGUCGAUUUCACAGUGUUGAUUUGUUACACCAGAUGGUGAGUUUACUACAACCAUUGUCGUGUAAAGACUUUACAUACUCCCGAAGUCGAGCAGCACCUAGUCUUGACACGGAUAUGACAACCUUUAGUUCUGAUCGUGCCAUGGACUUGAUGGAAGUGGAACAAUUCAUUACUGGUACAUGGAUGUGGUUCCAGAAAGCUAACUAUUGGACAAAAGCUAACUUUGCUUUAUCCUUACUUCAGUUGUGUGAGAUUUCCUUGCUGCACACCCUCAGUUCUCAGGCCCGGACCCUCCUCAUCUCGGAGGAAAAGGCCACCAUGGUAGCACCAGAAGCGGACUACGUGGAGACGGCCUCCAUUCCGGAGACGGAGUACUCCUUCCACAGCGAGGAACACGCUGAUCUCCAGGUGCUCUCUAUCGUCACUCCACACUACGGCAAGCCCAAACUCCACCCAAUCACGGGAGACAAGCUCUUCCUCGAUGACGUCAUCGAAAAUGACGACAGUGGCACUGACAGUGAGUCGGAGCUGUCGUCUGUUGACCCUGCGUGCAUGGUCAUCCCCACGUCUUCCAAGGCCUUCUCUGGUGUUGCACGCCACAAAGACUUUAUCCGCAGCCUUCCCGUGCACCUUGCUAAAUACAUUCUUAAGUUACUGGACAAGACGUCACUUAGCCACGCCCUUUUGGUCAGUCAGAACUGGAGGGCCUUGGUGUUGGAAGUUCACGACGAGGAGCGAAUCAACCAACUUUUAGAGGAGGAUGUUAUGUUGAUGCAGCUAACGAUGCCAUGUUCUGGGGCGGCUGCACAAGGGGUGAACCACCAAUACGCCAAGGACAUUGAUGUGCCUGUACCCAACCUGUUCCCGGGGACCCGGACCGUGAAACUAACAGAUGACGAGGUCAUCAGUCCCACUUACCUCCAGGAGGUCAACUUUAGUAACGCCUACAGCGGCGUGUCCACGCGUAACGUCAUCAUGGAAGAACGUAACGUUUACUGCGGGACGUACAACGUCAUGGUUCUCUCUAUGGUUGAAGAUCAUCAUCGUGUGAUACACACAGACGGAGGGCAAAACAUCGCCAUUGGAUCUAAAGACCGGAAGAUCCGGUUCAUUGACCGGGAUAGCGGAAAUGAGUUGCCUCUCGUCAUAUCCGGUCAUGCCGGAAGUAUUAGGUGUGUCCACAUUUGUACCGAGCGGGGAAUCGUUCUAAGUGGCAGUUAUGAUACCAGCAUUAGGAUGUGGAGUGUGGAGACGGGCACCUGUAAGAAAAUUUUCCGUGGACAUCGGGAUACAAUUCUGACCAUACUGGUUCUGGACGACUACUUAGCCUCGGGGUCAAAGGACAAUUCCUGUAAAAUUUGGAACAUGCAGACAGGUAAAUGUCAGAGAACCUUUAAACACAAGGCGCCAGUGUGGGCCGUGGCGGUCAGUCAGGAGCUGUGUAUCACGGGCUGCGAACAGGGCAAGGUCAAGGUGUGGGACAUCAAGUCCGGGGAUCUCAUCAAGGUGCUAGCAAGACAUCACGCUCAAAUAACCUCAAUCAAGUUUGACCGAUGGCACAUCAUCACCGGAAGUAAGGAUGGAUAUGCAUUGGUCUGGACCUCUCAAGGAGAACACGCACGCUGUUUGAACGCGCUCAGGCAUCCCAAGCCAGUGUUAUGUCUGGAGUUCCAGUUUUUACGCGUCAUUACUGGAUCCGCGGACGGACGAUUACGAAUUUGGAACAUGAUAAGUGGACAGUGCUGCCGUAUCAUGCGUGGAAACAGUGCCAGCGAUCCAAUCCAGUCUAUAAUCGCCAUAGAUGACAGAAUAACUCUUAACACCAGUAAGAACCUGAUCGAGUUGAGGUUUGAGUCCGUAACAUGGGACUAUACACUGGAGAACGACAAAAUCCCGUCAGCUGUCAAGUAUAGUUCCUACUCAGACGCACCCAUACGUCCUCAGCCCUACCCGUACAUCCGUGCACAGAGGAUGAAGCGCGCAGGCGCCAGUAACACCAAAAUUAUCCACCAUGAUCCAAAAAAGAGAGAGUCUCGCCCGCCAAACAUUCUCCAAAUGAAUCUGUACGCCAAACAAAUUCCACACAGUGCGAAAUGUCUCAGUCAGAAAAGCCUGGAAAGCGCCCGCUUAAUCCAAAGCGCUGCGCCUGAGUCAGGAUAUGAGAGUGGACCAUCCCCACCCGCCUUGGAGCAUCGUCCUAGCUCAGACAAGCAAACGGUUUCUUCCAGCAAGUCUUUCCCAACCAAGCCGUUAACGUCCAAACCGCCGCGACCCAGCACGUUCAAAUCUGCGACAUCCCAGCAAAGUGUCGUCAUCGCUGAUCCUUUAUGUAAACAUUACGAUGAUGAUGAUGAUGAUGACGUGCAUUCGCCAGUGCUAAUGAAAAGGAGGGUAUCGUGGGCUUUUGACCAAUCCAUUAUUCCCAAAACAAAAGACAUUUCUCUCUCAGAGACAAAGGCUUUGCUGCGGUCUCAAAUGAGAAUGAAAGCAGAGAGUAUCGUACCCCCUGAUUUUAUAUAUUUAACAGUGAAUGCAAUACAAAACUCGAUGCAAAGUUCAGAAACAACGAACAACACAAAAAAGAAUAUUCGUGCCAUGGUAUCUGGUCUGGAUGGAUUCAAGCGGCCGUCAUCAUCUCCCAGUAAGAUCGACCCUAGGACAAAAGUGCCGGUAGAUGAACUUGGUUUAGAAAAAUUCCACCCAAAAUCCGUAGAAGCGGAAUCUCUAUCAGAGUUCUCUGACACGAAGUCCUUCAAAUCACUAAAAUCGUCCAAGGCUAAAGAAUCAGACCAGGUGCCUGGCCCAAAUCGAGAGCGGUACGCCACACCCUGUGAAAUCAAGCCCACCAAGACAAAAAUUAGAAUGAGUCUCCAUCCAAAGAAAGUAAAGACCACGGUUCCUGUCGGUCGAUCCAUUCGUCCGGUGUCUGCGGCCGCUCACAGACAAGACGCAGUUGAGGUCGACAUGACCGGACGUCCGGUGACGGCGCCGACCAUCAGGAGACCGGAUACUGCCAUCAGUGACGUUCCGUCCACCAUUGCUUCCGCUCUUCCGGGAGUCGUGCCUCAACACAAGAAACAACCUACAGGAAUAUCGUCCUCAAUGCACGAUGUUAAUUUAGUGCCAAUGAAAAUGUACCCAAAAGACAUGAAGGAAAAAUUAAGUGCCUUGAUUCAAGAGAAGCGUCGUGCUAAAUCGGAGACAGUGCUGAGGUCAGCCAGUGAUACUGUCAUCGGCAAAGUCAGUCAGUAUAACGACCCAAUGAGGAGCCACGUUAAGUUUGAACUACGAACUUAUGAACAAGAAAAAGAAUUCAUCAAUAACAUUGAACAAAUGUACAUAGAAAAACAACAGAAUGACGAAGAAAUGUUGGAAAAGAAAAAGCGAGCUGCUUGGUUAGCUAAGGCUAGUUCCAGACCAAGCACUGUCCACCCUAGUCAGAGAUCUGGUGGGGUACCGGGCUCAGCUGCUACCAGACCCAACACAGUACACGGCAGCAAACCCAACAGAUGAGUCCACAGUCGGAAGUGACGGCAUAAUCAUCAUCAAGGUUGUGAAACAGCCAAUCAGAUAUUGAAAGAGGCAUGUUGCCCUCUUUAUAGCAAAAUCAUGAACAGGGUUCCAUAACUUCCAGGGCUAAUCGUAAUGGUUGUGAAUUUACUCUUUCUACACGUAUGCUAAUGUUCUGUUUGAUUGUCUGUGAUAAGUAUUACUUCCUUCAUAGAUUUAUUUUUAUUUUUAUACAAAUGUGCCUUGACGGAGGACUUUUUCAGAUGAGUAUGUGCUAUAGACUUUACUGUAAGAACUAGGAUGUUUUACCUGCUUAUUAUUGUAUUUUGACGUCUAUUGUGUUAUUUGUGUGGUGCAAAUGCCUAGAUAUAUCGCUGUGAUGAUUUCAGUAUACAGGAAUACUUGUGUGAUUCGCGUGUUUUUGCCAAUUUGUUUUUGAAUGGUGACUGGAAUGACUGAGUAAUUGCAUUCGCAUGUAUUGAACUUACUAGAUGUGUAAGCAUCUUACACUCUGUGAUACCUUUUGCAAACGUUGUUAUAUGUUCACGAAUACUGAACGAUCCUGAAAUGGUGUAGAACUUUUUACAGUAUUGCCAAGUUCCUGCUCAAUGUUAGGGGGUCGUCAGUAGCCACAUAGCGGCACACUUUACAGGGUCGCCACCAGAUCAGUGCCCAAAUCCGAGUUUCACCCACACUUUAUAACAUCAAGCUGUGAUAUACGACAAUAGUAUUAUUUAUAUUC